AUGUCCCCUCCAUCCCCACCCUCAUCUCACUUAACCCUUCAUCCCCACCCCUCAUCUCUCCGUCCCUCCCAUCACCCUCUCCUCAUCCUCCAUCCCAUUCCCCCAGCUCGUCCCUCCAUCCCCAUCCUCAUCUCACGUCCCUCCGUCCCCACCCUCAUCUCCGUCCCUCCAUCCCCCACCCUCAUGUCUCUUAACCUUCAUCCGCACCCCUCAUCUCACUUAACCCUUCAUCCACACCCCUCAUCUCACGUCCCCUCCCCUCCCCCAUCCUCAUCCGUACCCCUCCAUCCCACCCUCAUCUCACUUAACCCUUCAUCCACACCCUCAUCUCUCUUAACCCUUCAUCCCCACCCUCAUCUCACUUUAACCCUUCAUCCCCACCCAUCAUCCCCUCCCUCCCCACCCUCAUCUCCGUCCAUCCAUCCCCACCCUCAUCUCAUCCACCUCCAUCCCUUCAUCCACACCCUCAUCUCUCUUAACCUUCCCAUCACCCACCCUUAUCUCACUUCCCUUCAUCCCCACCCCAUCUCUACGUCCCUUCCUCCAUCCCCUAUCCCUCCAUCUCUACGUCCCUCCAUGUCCCCACCCUCAUCUCACUUCCCCUCCAUCCCUCCCCUCAUCUCACGUCCCUAG